GACGUAAAUUCUCUGCGACGGCAGCUCAUUCUUCUUCCUCGGUCGCAUGAAAACAUGCUGCGCUGUUGAUAGGGGGAACUAUUGAAGAAAGGGUUUGUUUAUUUUUUUACAAACAACAUCGUGUGGAAAUGCCAGUGUGCAAUUUCUUUCUUCAGGGACGUUGUCGUUAUGGCGAAAAAUGUUGGAAUGAACACCCGAGGGGGGGAAGCCGAGGAGGAGGAGGAGGAGGAGGUGGUGGAGGUGGUGGAGGAGGUGGAGGAGGAUACAACAACAACAACACCAACUACAACCGCUCCUCUGCUCAACAACAGCCCAGAGGAGGAGGUGGAGGGUAUGGAAACCGAGUGUGGGUGAAUCCUUCACAGCAAAAAGGAGGCUAUAUCCAGCCUUCAUCCUUCUCCUCUCAAGGGAGCAAUGACUGGGGAGGUGGAGGAGGUGGAGGAGGAGGGAAUGACUGGGGAGGGAAUGACUGGGGUCAAGCAGGAGGUGCAGGGAGAAGAGACAACUUGAAGUCCUCUGAAUUCAGCUUCUCUAAUCAGAACAGAUUUUCAUCGCUGGCUCCGUCCAGUACCUUUGACAGAGGAGGAAGAGGAGGUGGAGGGCAGCAGGUGCCGACUGGAGAUGAAGAUGAUGACAAAAAACUGGAGAUCAUUCAGAUGGACAUGGACAUUUGGGAAAGCUCAGGACAGUGGAGGUUCUCGUGUUACUCGGGCUCAAAGGACCCUUUAUCUGGUUUCACUGACCUCUCUCCUGAAGAGCUCAGGCUGGAGUUUAACGCCACAAGAGUCUCAGGAGAUCUGCAGAGUUAUGUUAACGGGGUCAACCAGUUGUUCAACCAGUGGAGAAGCAGAGUCCAGGAGCUGAAAGUCAUGAGUCCAGCCACCCGCACAGCUGUGCUUGCAGAGUUAAACAACCCAGCACCUCAGGCAUCGUCAGGCGGCUUCGAUUCAGGGACAGUGACUGGAUUCGGAUCCUCUUCAUCUGGCUUCGAAAGCAAAGGUUUUGGAGCUGCAGCACCAGCCCAGGCCAGCACUUUCAGCUUUGCUGCUCCCAGUGGGGGAUUUGGUUCCUCAGCACCACCGCCAUCAUCGUCCGCAGGUUUUGGCAGUGCCUUAGCUGCGCCUACACAGCCUCCCUCUGGGUUUGGUCAGUCCUCCUCGGCCCCCUCUGCUCCCUCAGCUUCUUCUUUCUCCUUCAACUCUACAACUACAAGCACGCCGGCAGCCACUUCAGGAUUCGGCUCGGCCUCCGGGUUCAGCUUCUCCUCGACAGCCGGCACAGGAGGAGGAUUCGGAGGCGGUUUCGGGGCCGGAGCACCAGCAGCAUCAGCAGGAAGCAGCAGCGGUUUUGGUCAAUCUGCUCCACCUGCAGCAGGAGGUGGGUCCGCUGGCGGGGCGUCAGACUGUCUUUUUUCACCAGCGAGCGAACUGACUCCAGAGGAACUGAACCAGUUUAAGGCGAAGAAGUUCACUCUAGGCCAGAUCCCUUUAAAACCUCCUCCAGUAGACAUGUUGACAGUAUGAUGCUUUGGGAAAAACCUCCAAGAAGUUUAUGAAAUAAAACAAUAAUUUAUACAAAGCUAAGAUUUCUUAUCAGUUCCUUCUGAGUAGUGCUACAUUUAAACCAAUGUGGUUAUACUCUUUAUAAACAUAUGGCUUAUAUAAGGGGGGAACUUUCUUUGUUUACAUCUUAGAUUUUUGUGUGAAUGCAAAGUGUGCUUCAUAUAAAGCUGCUUAAACACA